AUGUCGGCUCAAAUUCCUCAUCCCCCGACCCCUAAGGGCUCGCGCAACAAUCGCCGUCCUCAGAAGAAGAACAUGACUCCUCAGGCCCCGAAAACGGGACUUCUCUCCACUCCCCCAUCAUCGCCUCCACACAACAUGACCCCGGGUGUCAUUCCUACUGAUAUCUUGAACAACUUCAACUCUUCGAAGAAGAAGCCCCCUCGCUCAGGAAAGAAGCAGCGAGAACCCAAAGCUUCACCUGCUACCCACAACGGAUAUCACACCACGCGGGUGUCGCUUCCCCCUCCGACAAAGACAAACGCACCAGCUUAUGCGGGACCGACUUUCCACGCAUCCCCCGCACCCUCUGCUUUGCCAAUGCCGAGCUUUUUCUCUAAGUCGGCUCCUGAUUCCAACCUGGCUCCACCCAUCGAGACUGAUAGCGAUGAUGCGGAGGAGGGACCGGAGCCGGAUGUGACUCCUUCUAAACCCCGCAGCCGCAACAUGAUCAUAGGUGAAGAACAGAAGCCGUCUCCGAUUGACUUUCUCUUCCAGGCUGCGGUGCAAGCCAGAGAUCACAAGUCCACCGGCAGCCCCGAACUCAGCAAGGCCGUUCGGUCUCCCCAGACUGAGCCUAGGGCCCAGCGCCCCAACGGUGAUGGCAUGUUUGCUUUCGAAAUGGGAAAUUCUCACAACUCACGUAUUUCUCAAAUUGGUCCUUCUUUUGCUCCCUCCUACCAGGACCGAAUGAAUGCACUGCGACCUUCGAGCACCCCUCAAUCGCCUGAUGUCGCUGAGGAGCAGCGAAGAAUCAAGACUGAGGAGCUGAAGCAUCUCUUGCUCAAUCCGCCUCCCCAGAAGCCGCCGUCCUCAGCUCAUUCGUCCCAUGACUACGCCGGGACUUUUGGGCCCCGCCCAUCCAAUGUGCCUCCUUAUGCGACCCCAAUGCGGACCUCAUCCGGGCCUCAGUUGACAAUGUCUCAUGGUUCUUUUUCCCCGCAGCAUCAGUAUCAGCAGCCGGCUUCUCAGCACACUGGACGCCAUCCAUAUCCCUAUCCCAACAACUCUCGCUCGCCUCUGCGUCGUGAAUUCGACCUCGUCCCACCUCCGUCGAUGCCUCCAUAUCGUGGCCGUGCUUCGAACGGGACUUCCGAUGCAGCUUCAAACGGACCUUCUCCGGUGUCUUAUGGGAACCCGUACAUGCCAAGCACCCAGCCUCAGUGGCACGGAUACCAGUCACCUCAGAUGAAGUAUGUGCCUGCUUCAUUCCAUGUGCCCAUCAGCUCGCCGCCUCCUUCUCAGGCGGUGGAUACGCAGCAGAUUGAGAAUGAUAUCCGACGUGUUUUGAAGCUAGAUGCUUCCUCGGGGGUUCCUCCAGUCACGCAAAGCUACGCUUAG